AUGUAUUCACCGAAAGAACACAUUGAAGAGAUACGAAGAGUGAAAUAUUGUGCAGCCAGAAGACCUUAUCUAUCUCAUCGGUCUCUCAAGGCUACGACUACUCGACUUAAUUCAAAAGAUUCUCGUUUCAUCUUCGAGCUUAUUCAGAAUGCUGAGGAUAACCAGUACGAUGAAGCAGUGAAUCCAACACUCGAGUUUGUCAUGACUUCCGAUGACAUUACUGCUACCGGUGCUCAAGCCACAUUGCUUGUUUUCAACAAUGAAAACGGCUUCUCCCCAACAAACAUUGAUUCCAUUUGCGAUAUCCACCUAUCAACAAAGAAAGGAAACAGGAACACUAGUUACAUAGGAGACAAAGGAGUUGGCUUUAAGAGUGUCUUUAGGGUUACUCCCACGCCUUAUUUAUUUAGCAGUGGAUAUCAGAUAAGGUUCAAUAAGGAGCCUUGUACAAACUGUCAUUGUGGGUAUAUAGUUCCUGAAUGGGUUGAGAAUAACACAAUCCUUGACGACAUAAACAAGAUAUACGGUCAAGAUUCUCUUCCAACCACAAUAAUUGUCUUACCUCUGAUGAAGCCGAAUAAAGUCGCAUACGUUGAACAAGUCAUCUCAAACAUUCAUCCAGAAGUCCUUAUGUUUCUUACAAAAAUCAGACAUCUUUCUGUCAGAAUAGUUACCAACGAGACACUGGGGGACACUGUCUAUACUGUAUCAGUUUCACCCAAGAUUAACUUUAGGACUAUGGAAAGCAUGAAUGCUGAGUCCUACACGCUCCAUCUCUCUGCUGACAAGGAAAGCAGCUACAGCGUGUGGAGGCAAAAGUUUCCGAUCAUGUCGGAAAAUGCGGUCGUCGGAAGGAAGGCAGAUGUGGAAGAACAAGAAUGGGAUGUGACAUUGGCCUUUCCAAAUCAGGACUGGCCCAGAUAUUCAGAUGGGCUCUAUGCAUAUUUUCCUACAGAUAUGCUUACAAAUUUUCCAUUUAUUAUUCAAGCAGAUUUUAUCACUGCCCCAUCAAGGGAGACAAUUCUCUUGGAUAAAGAAUGGAACCAAGGGAUUCUUGAAUGUGUUCCAGCAGCCUUUAUGGAUGCAUUCAAAACACUUAUCAUAGGAUUGGACGGAUCUACAUCUUCUUUGGCUCGUAUACUCGGGUCCCUUCCUUUUGAAAAUUCUCCAUUUCGACGGUUUCCUUAUUUGGGGGAGAAAAUCGUAGCAAAAUUGUUUUCCGAAAAUAUUGUCCCGAUCGAGACAUACACAGAGCAGCAGCAGUUUUGUAAGCCUGGCGAAGUUAGCAGGCUGCUGCCUGAAUUCUGGAAUAUUUUGACUAAAGCCCGGGACGAAGGAGUCAACCUGCCUAACCUAUCUUCUCAUGAUGGGAGGAAGAUCUUGAGUUCCUCCUUUGAUAAAAGCGAGUAUGAUCAAGUACUCAACUCUUUAGGGUUGAAAUAUGUGAAUGUUGAUUGGUAUGCAGCGUGCAUCAAGAAUUCUAAUCUUGUCCAUACAGUAUCAGAAGAUCUCUAUCUCGAGCUUUUGUUUUUUAUUGUGAAAAAUUGGUUGUCAAUGUUUAAGGACUCAAACAUCAAGAGUAUUCCAUUGAUUAAAUACGUGGCAUCAGAUGAAACUCAAUCCUCCUUCAGCAUUCAUGAAUGCACACAAAACCUAACAGAUGCAAAGCGAGUAGUAAUAACACACCCAACAGAAUCUAAAGCUCGCAAUUGGAUGAUGUUUUGGAACAACAAAUUUUCAGGAAACUGUUUUUUUAUGCCAGAAAGCACACAGAAAGCUAUCUCGCAUUUUAUCUCGAAAUAUAUUUUGAUGGUAUGGCUUGAGGUUGAAGUUUAUGUUACUCGUAUGAACGUGGACACUUUUGCCAAUACCAUUUUUAGUUAUAUUAAAAAAGAUAGCACUAAACUUAUCAUUACAUACACUAGUUUUUUAGACGAUGCUUUUACAGAAAACUAUUUGUCAGAGCGGGGGAGUCAAAACCUAUGUCAGAUGCAUUUUCUUUUGUUGGUUAAGUUCAUCAAAUAUCACACGAAUCAAUGUCUUCCACUCAAUGAAUUUGUGUACAACAUCAAAAAUGUGCCUUGGCUAAUCACAUCUUGUGGUCUUCGUUCUCUCGAGGAAUCUGUGUUGGCUGGUGCCGACUGGCAAGUUGCAUCAGAAAUUAGUAAAAUCCCUUUUAUUGACUCAUCUUAUUAUGGUGACUUAAUAUAUGAGUACAAAGAGGAGCUCAAAUUGCUAGGAGUGAAAGUUGGCUUAAGUGGGAAUCAUGAUAUUGUCAUCAAGCAUUUAAAAUCACCUUACAAUUUGACUUCUUUGACAGCUGAGGCUGUUUUUUUGAUGAUGCAAUACAUCAGAUUCUUGAAUGACCCUAGUAAACUCUUAGAUAGUUUGAAGGGAACAAGCUGCCUGAAGACAAACCUGGGUUUCAAAAUACCAAGUGAAUGUUUCUUGUCGGAGCAAUUGUGGGGCUGCUUUGUGGAUGGAUUCAAUGACUUUCCUGUUAUUGAUAGAAUAUUCUAUGGAGAAGAAAUCUUCUCUUACAAAGAUGAACUGAGGCAAAUUGGCGUGGUGGUUGAUUUGAAUGAAUCAUGAU